AUGAAGCACGACGAUGACUUUUUCUUCGACGACGCAUUUUAUGAGGAUUUCCAUAAAAAAAAUAACACUCCACAAAAAAAUCCACAAUCACCAUUACAACCAACAACCAACAAUAACAUCCAUAACAAAAUCCAAGACCAUCCAUCACAAUCACAAGCACCCCAACCCCAACCCCAACCCCAACAACCAAAACCACAAUCACAAUCACAAUCACAACCAAAACCAAAACCAAAACCAAAAAGCACCGCAUCUACCCCUGAUUAUAAAAAACUUCUUCAAAGUAUUCGUGAUUACGAAAUAGAAGAAGAAGAAGGACAACAACAACAAGAACCACAAGAAUCACAACCACAACCAACAACAAACAACAAACACCUUGUUGAUCAUCAGGGUCAGUAUCUUGAACCAAUGGGUUCAACUCCACCUCCAAUCUCAAAUUCAACUAUAGCCACUACAUCAACAGCUGCCACAGCCCCAGUUAUUUCAACAGCUGCAACUAGUAUUAACUCAGGGGCAGUCAAAAAUCCACAGCCAUCACCACCUGAGGAAGCCAUAAGACGUUUAAAUCAACGUUUAGAGCUCUACCAAUUAGAGAAUAGUAGAGUAAUUCCAGGAGAUGGCAAUUGUCAGAUGUACGCAUUAUCUGACCAAAUUUUUGGGGACUUGAAACAUAGUUUCGAAAUAAGAAGAGCCAUUGCCACUUGGCUCAUUAAAAAUAAGAAUCUCACCCUUAAAAAUGGUGCCAAAAUAUCCCAAUUUGCACACACUACAAAUUGGAAUAAAUAUUGCAACCAAAUGGCAAGAAGAGGUACUUGGGGUGACCACUUAACAUUAAUUGCUGCUGCUGAAGUUUAUAAAUCAAAGAUAACAAUUAUUUCAUCUGUUGAAUCUAAUAGCAGCUUUUUCAUUGAAAUUGUUCCAAGUUCAAUUGAAAAUGAUAGAGCAAUUAUUUUAUCUCAUCAUGCCGAAGAACACUAUGGUUCAGUACGUCCAAUGAUGGUUCAAGACGUAAAUUAUUAA